UUCCACCGAGAACUUUAUUCGAUAAAGCAGCAGCUGAGCGAGCCUAAUGAAUUCGAAUGGAAGUGGUUAAUAUGCCGCAGAAUCGUCACCUGGGAGUACUUUAUAAAGUUUUUAGAGUCUAGUUUUAACAAAAAUUAAUUUAGUUAAUCUAUUAGUGUUUGAUUUUGUUAAAAUGUUGUAUUAUUUACAUUUCUCACGGAGUUAGUAUAGUGGAGAGCAAAGUUUGUCGUUUUUUGGUAAACUGUUCGCAAGCUAGCUACAAAUACCGACUAAAUGUACUAGCCUGUUCUAGCUUCCUUAUUACAAACCGACAAAAGCUGUGGUCGGUUCGUAGAAGAGUUUACAAAAACCGCGACAAAGUGGGGUAGGCUAUUUCAUACGGACGGGAUCUCUGUUGUGUGUGCUCGAGUUGGAGGACCCAACCCUUCGUUCUGCACCUAAGACAGAUAAUUUCGGUAUUUAUUGACCUUUAGGUUUUUUUUAAUUGCAAGGUCGUAUGAUACAAGUAAUUUGAGUUCCCACCGUACCGUUCGUGUAUAGGCUAAAUCAUGAGAUAAUAUCCAAACGAAUUCUAGGUGUAGGUGUCAUUAGGCUACACUGUAGCUGUGGUUUUUCUUUCUGCGCUCAGGGUUACUUCCUGGUGUGACAGAGAGAGGCAGUGCUGAGUUAGAGAGACAGAAAUACAGAUAGAAAUUUAGAUAGAAAAAUACUGAGCGGAGAGAAGGAGUGAGUGAGGAGCAGUUGGCUGGUUUCCAGAAACAGCCCCGCUCCACUCUUUUUGUGUAUUUAUAAAAAUUAUUUUAUCGGUUAUUUUUAUUUAUAAUACAUGUAUUUAUUUGGAUUAUCUGAAUCUCCGACGUCCUGCUGCCCGAGAGGUUAAAUCGAAAUUGUACUAGGCAACAUUUUUUUCGGAGCGACGGAGAAGCGUCGCGCGGAUUUUUCGCACCAAUCGUUCCUUUUUUAUUAACAUUAAGAUCACUGAUUUUUAGCUAUUAUUUCAGACCUUCAAUUUUAGAAAAGAGGUUAACGGAAGAUGGGUUGUUUAGGCAACAGCAAGACCGAAGAUCAACGCAUCGACGAAAAAGCACAACGAGAGGCGAAUAAAAAAAUAGAGAAACAGUUGCAAAAGGAAAGACAAGCAUACAAAGCCACUCAUCGACUGCUUUUACUGGGGGCCGGAGAGUCCGGAAAAAGCACUAUUGUGAAGCAGAUGAGGAUCCUGCACGUCAAUGGUUUUAAUGCAGAGGAAAAGAAACAAAAAAUCCUGGAUAUUCGGAAAAAUGUGAAGGAUGCCAUAGUGACUAUAGUUUCGGCGAUGAGCACUUUAAUACCGCCGGUUCCACUAGGCAACCCCGAAGACCAGUUCAGACUCGACUACAUCAAGAGUAUAGCUCCGCUCUCUGACUUUGAGUAUACACAGGAGUUCUUCGAGCACGCGAAGAAGCUGUGGGACGACGAGGGGGUGAAGGCGUGCUACGAGAGGGCCAACGAAUACCAGCUCAUCGACUGCGCGCAAUACUUUUUGGACAGAAUUGACUCUGUAGGACACGUUGACUACACACCAACAGAUCAGGACUUGCUGCGAUGCCGAGUCUUGACUUCAGGGAUUUUCGAAACGCGAUUUCAAGUCGACAAAGUCAACUUUCACAUGUUUGACGUGGGAGGUCAGCGAGACGAGAGGAGGAAGUGGAUUCAGUGCUUUAAUGACGUCACGGCCAUCAUAUUUGUGGUAGCGAGCAGCAGCUACAAUAUGGUAAUCAGGGAGGACAACAACACCAACAGGCUACGGGAGGCGCUGGACCUGUUCCGCAGCAUCUGGAACAACAGGUGGCUACGGACUAUUUCAGUCAUCCUCUUCCUCAACAAGCAGGACAUGCUGGCUGAGAAGGUAUUAGCAGGGAAGUCCAAAAUCGAAGACUACUUUCCUGAAUACACCCGCUACACCGUACCAGCCGAAGCGACCCCUGAUCCUGGUGAAGAUCCAAAAGUGACGAGGGCCAAGUUUUUCAUCCGAGAUGAGUUUCUAAGGAUCAGCACGGCGAGCGGCGACGGCAGGCACUACUGUUACCCCCACUUCACGUGCGCGGUGGACACGGAGAACAUCCGGCGGGUCUUCAACGACUGUCGCGACAUCAUCCAGAGGAUGCACCUGCGCCAGUACGAACUCUUGUGAUGGAGGAACGGCCCACCUGCUUUAAAAAAUCUGAGCUCCUCUCCCAAAACCGACGUCCGCUGACGGGGACACAGUACUACUGAAGUGUGUCAAACCCUUCUUUUUACUUUUGUUUUGUUGGUUGCUGUUUUUUUGGGGUUUUUUUUUCCUUUUUUAAUUGAAGCCAUUCUCAGUCCCUGUUCUGCUGAGUUAGAGUGGGGAAAAGUUGUUUGCUUAUUUCUUUACCACAUCUUUAUUUGUGUCAUUCCACUAAGCCUUUGGCUACCUCCUUUUUUUGCUUUUUGUCAUUUGUGAUGUCAUUGGACUUGGACCAGAAGCAUUUUUGUUUCUUUUUUUUCCUUUUUUUUUCAUUUUGACCAGCGGUUGGGUGUGUUUGAGGAGCACCUGUCGGACUCCUCCCCUUUGAGAGGGGGGCGGGACCUUGGGGCCCGCCCAGCCUCCGACCUGGCACACCUAGUGACCUACAGUAACCUCGUGUGGGCUCUGCAUCUUUAAUCGACACUGAAGAGUACUUAAUGGGGCGGGGGAAGUAAGAAAGAAAAAAGAUUGAAUGCACUUUGCAUCAGGUUAUUUAAAUACUGUUGCAGAAGUAUACACACCAUGUAGCACCACAAUAUUUAAUACUGUCACGGUUUUUAGCGCUCCGAGUUGCAGGUCGACUGUGAAGUUACCGACCUCCUCUUUUAAGCUGACUCGAGGCACAGAAGUGAAGUGGGGG